AUGCAGGCCGUCCCCGAGUCGCGACAGCAAACCUUUGAGGAGAUCUACGGGCCGCCGGAGAACUUUCUCGAGAUCGAGGUCCGCAACCCCCAAACCCACGGCACAUCCCGCAACAUGUACACCUCGUACGAGAUCGUGUGCCGCACCAACAUCCCAGCCUUCAAGCUGAAGCACUCGGUCGUGCGCCGCCGGUACUCCGACUUUGAGUAUUUCCGCGACAUCCUCGAGCGCGAGAGCACGCGCGUCACGAUCCCGCCGCUGCCGGGGAAGGUGUUUACCAACCGGUUCAGCGACGAUGUGAUCGAGCACCGGCGCGAGGGCCUGCAGCGGUUCUUGCAGAUUGUCGCCGGGCAUCCGCUGCUGCAGACGGGGAGUAAGGUGUUGGCGAGUUUUAUACAGGAUCCGAACUGGGAUCGCAAUGCGUGGUAG